AAUCCGAAGGAAAACUCACAGAUCGCGAAAGGUAAAGUGGAUAUAUUUUCUGCCUAUUCCUGUUUAAAAGCCUAUUGAUUUUACCAAAGGACAAAAAUCAUAGCAUUAAAGUUUGCAAAAUCUUUUAUUCUGCUGUAAAGACUCAAUUUUUGAAAAGGAAAAAUGUCUGUUGAACAGAAACGAGCAUACAACAAAUUAAAGCAUGAUUUGGAGCCAUGGCGUAAUCUCAUUGUACAUUUAGAUACGGUAUUGUCUUGGGAAAAAAAUUAUUAUCCAGCAAUCAUUGCUGCAACCAUUAGCGCUUUUUAUUUGUUGCUAUGGACAUUGGAUAUGUCUACUGUGACUACAUUGGCGCUAGUGGGUUUGUUUUCGCUGGCACUAGAUUACGUGUAUCCAUCGGUUUCGCGUUUUCUCUUCAGCCCAGAUAAUUGGAAUGGCAAUCAGGAAGAGCAAUUUGAGCGCGUAUGCACACAAUUGUGUUAUUUGAAAACUUUGCUUAGUGGAUGGUAUGAAUAUCUAUUCUCAGCAAAGGAACGUAAAUCAACUUUGUUUGUCACUAUCAUGAGUGUUACCCUGUUGACACUUGCUUGGAUUGGUACCGUAAUAAAUAAUUUACUACUGAUGUACGUGAUCACUAUGGUAAUGUGCUUGUACCCAGGCAUGCAGCAGAAAAAUCUGCUCUCCAAGGUCAAAGACUAUUUUGGACUUGCUUUUAACUCUAAAUUGCAAAAAUUGCGUGAAAGAAAUGAGAAAAGUGACUAAAGAGCGAAUUAGAAGUCUGAAGAAAUAGUGAAUGCGUAUGAAAUUUAAAAAGAGUUAAAAACGCAGCUUAGACUUUUAAUUUGAAAACCAACUGCAUUUUUUAAAUUAAUUUAUUUUAGCUAUAAAUUUGAGGUCUACUAAUUUUUAUUAUUUCAUUUAUGAAAAUCUUUAUAAAAAUUAACGAAUAAUGCGUUUUAUAUUAAACAUUUGGCAUUUUGAAAGCUAAACAAAA